AUGCAGAAGUCUGAGUUAUUAGGUUCACUUAAUUUACCAACAGAUUCAGAAAAUUUAAUAUUAACAUCAACAUUUAAUCCAGCAUCGAAACCUAGUUCUUUUUCAAAAAUGACACGGCGCAUGGAUAUUAUUCCUACACCGAACAGACCAGAUAAAUUAUUACCAUCUACUAAAACUCAAUCCUGUAGUAAUGAGGACAGCUCAGUAAUGAAUACUGUUAUAGCUACCGAAAGCAAUACUGCUUUCGAAGAUGAUCAUGUUUUGUGUGAUAAUCGACAAGAUACUUCAGUAAUACCGAAUUUAAUUCAUAAUCAAUCUCAUCAGAAAGAUCAUACAAGUGAUGAACAAGAAGAUGAUAAUCUAUUUGAUACAUUUAUUUGUGAGAACUUCGUUCCUUUUUCGGGAGCAGAACCCAUCAAUCAAUGGUUAGAUGAGACUGACGCCUUAUUUCAUCGCUUCAAGAUCUCACGUAAACUUCGUUUUCAAGCUAUACCUCUUUUAGUACAAGGCGAUGCGAAACGCAAAUAUAUCAAAAAUCGUCACGCCAUAAAAUCUUUUGAUGAUUUUUAUGAAUUUCUACUAACACAUUUCGAUUCAACUCCAGUAACAGUCAGUACUUCUAAACCUAGUCAAACUAAUCAUAAAGUUGAAUUUGCGAAAGAGUCUAUGUGCAUCAGUAACAUAACAACAGAUUCUAAAUUAAAUGUUGCGAAUAUAACUGAUGCUACUCAGUUGUCACAGCCAUCCGUUUCUUCUUAUAGUAAGCUUGCUAUUGAUGAUACCACCACAACGAGUGGUGAUGUGUCAGACUCUAACUUAUCUGGAAAUACUUCAACAAUUAAUCGUUUACCAUCAGAUCCAGUGAUAACAGAUUUACGCAAAGCUAUCGUAGCAGAUUUUAUACGAAAUCCAAAGAUUUUUCGUGGUAAUAAGGACGACGUGACAAAAUGUACUAACAGUAAUUAUCGUUCAAUACCACGAACUAGUUUUCGUGCUUAUCAAGGAUCAUCUAACUAUACAUCUGAUCCCAAUUAUGUAUCUAAACAGAAUCGAACACAGGCUUCUAACUCGAAUUAUUAUUAUCAGUCACCACGUCAUUCUUUAUCAACAAAUAAGUACAAUGAUAAUACAGGUAGUCGUAAGCAGAAAAAUAUACAACCACAUAAAAGUUUUGCACAACCUGAUAAUAAAGCGACUUCUCGCUCAGUUAAUGCAGUUUUUACAUCAACCUUACCACAUAAUCAUGAUGAUAAUCUUGACUCUCUUUCAACAGUAGUUUGUCAUCUCUGUAAUUCUAUGGGACAUGACGCUUCGUCAUGCCCAAAUUUUCAGUAA